GAUAAAGAGAUUAACUUUAAUUAAAGCGAGUAGUCAUUUAUUUGAACCACUUGACACUGCCUCAGUCCCUCUCACCAAUCAACGAGCGAGGGACGGCCUGCGAGACGGACUGACAAGGAGACGCAUUGGGCGCGGCGUGGUCUGCUUUCCUUUAUCACACGACCUCACUUUCUGUACAGGAGUGUUAAGUUCCAGUGUGUCCUCAGCCUGGCCUUGUUUUAAGUUGGUUUUCAGCUACAGACCGGUCAUUAUACGUGAUUUCAAGAUGAGGAGAGCAAUGAUGGCUGUACAGUCUGGGAGGGCUGCUGGUGCCUCCCACCUCAGCAGAAAAGCAAACCAGCUAGAAGUGGCAGACCGACCUAAGAAGGCUCUGGUGCACUUGUGGCGUGGACAGCUUCGUGUGGGGUCCAUUGAUGUGGGCGCUGCCACCCUUUGGUCUGAGUACAUGACGUGUAUCCCUGCACUUGGUCAAAUACUGAAGAUGACCCGUAUAGCAAAGUAUGAGGAUUUGUGGCGCAAAGUAUUACGAAGCAAACCUUGUCGGCUGUCAAAGAGACGUCCUGUUGCCAUCCGGGGAAGGACCAUCUUGGUGCACACACUGUCUGUACAAGGUACACUGGUGGAGCAACUGAUGGCUGAACUCAGAGAGGCUGCCAAGCCUUUCAUCUUAACUUGCCAACUACUGAAUGACAAGAAUUACGUGGAAGUGGUCUUGGUUCCUCCAUGUCCCGAGCUAGAGCAGUGUGGUUUGCAUGGCAGCCAGGAACAGUUCCACAUCCUGCUUGUAGGCCAAAGGUCUAACACUCGCAUCGUGAACCUCCACAAGCUGUUACAUGUGGCAGACUUGUCCCAGAUUAGUGAUUUCUGCACUCGAGCUGAGACUGCAGAGGACAAAGUCCUGGAGGAUGGUUUGCAUUAUUGUGAGGGGAGUGAUGUACCUGAAGUUAAAGGAAACAGAAGUAAAGUUUCCUCAUGUCACUGUGAUAUUAACUUGACUGUCAGCAUAGAUGAGUUGACUGAGAAAAGUGAGUGUUUGAAUGUCCAUGUGGCUGAACCUUGUCCGAGUGAUGGUGGUGCAAGUACUAGUAAAGAUGCAUUAGUAAAUAGUGAUGCAGAUCAGAGUAUUUCACCCAGUACCAAGAAGCCUGUGAACCAAACUGAGGACAUGAAGAAUGAGUCCAAGAAAGGAAGUACUGAGGUAGUAGGAAAUACUGAAGCCCAGAAGACAUAUGGGUCAUUGGAAGGGAUGCCAUUGAUGAAUCAGCCAGCACAUCAGACUGAGAUUAGACACUCUGAAUCUAUUAAUACUGAAAAAGGAGUUGCAAACAAUGUAGAUGAUCAAAAGAUGGAGUUUGAGAGCUAUUCUGAGAAAGAUAAAGAAAUCCAGGAAAAUAAAAACCACUAGACACUUCCAAAGACAACUGUGAGACACAAAGCCCUAAGAAUACUAAUGAUGGAAAAUUUGGGGCAUCCAAGGACAGCAAAAGAUUAAAGAAGUGGAAGCUAAGCAGAUUUAUCAAAACCAAAAAGACACUGCAAGAUGGGCAAGACCUUUGCAGAAAAAAACACAGAAAACCUUUAAGGACCCAGAAGAUAAUGAAAGUAAAAAAAAAUCAGGAGAUG